AUGACACCCGAAUUUGAGGCCCGCGUGAAAAAGGCCGUCGAUGAUGGCUAUCUCCCCGGUGUCACCAUGCUCGUGAAGGACAAGUCCGGCAAAAUCGACUACGAUUUCUCCUACGGCCCAACCAGUCUCAAGCCCGAUGCACCUCCCAUCACCACCAACACCAUGCUCACCAUGGCGUCCCUCACCAAGCUCAUCACUGCCUGCUGCAUUCUCAAGAUGGUCGAGGGCAACAUUCUCGACAUAAACGAGGAUAUAACCAAAUACGUCGAGACCCUCGCCAAGCAACCUGUCCUCCAAGGCUUCGAUGACGAGGGCCAGCCCAUCCUCGUCAAGCGCGAAACCCCGUUUACACUGCGCCACUUAUUAACCCAUACCGCGGGGACAGGAUACAUCCUCAAGGAAGAGCCGCUGGCGAAAUGGGCCAAGGCCACGGGUCGCCCGCUGCCGGUGCCGCUGCGGCACAGUCCCCUUUCCGGAGGUAUGUCGGUCGACUCGCGGUGGGGGUACCCGAUUCUGUUUGAGCCAGGCACUGGCUGGGUGUAUGGCAGUGCCAUGGACUGGGCGGGGAGGUUGAUUGAGAAGUUGACGGGGACGUUUUUCGACGAUUACAUGCACGAACACGUGCUGGAGCCCGUCGGGGUGCCCAGGGGAGCGAUCACCUUUCACCCAGGCCGGUUCGACCAGCCCACAUACGACAUCAUGGCCGAGUUCGGACAGCGCAGCACCCCCGAGGGCACGCUUGAGCCCGCUUACACGGAGUAUGACAAUGAUAAUGAGGCGUUUGGAGGUGAAGGGCUGUUCGGUGGGAUGGGCUCCUACAUGAAGGUGCUGCACUCGCUAUUGAUGGAUGACGGCAAAAUCCUCAAGCCCAAGACGGCGAAGCUGUUGUUUACGCCGCUGAUGACGCCGGUUGAGAAAGCAGCGCUCAAUGAGGACAUGAAGCACCCUGAGUGGGCUGUCGGUUGGAUCCCGCCUUCGGACACGGGGGUAGAGUACGACUGGGGCGCGGGUGGGUUGUUGUCAGUCGGCGGGGAGGGGCUGAAGCACAGGAAGAAGGGGUUCUUGAUGUGGGGUGGGGCAUGGAACGCGGCUUGGUUCAUUGACCGCGAGGCUGGGGUGUGUGCGGUUUUUGGGACGCAGAUUAUUCCGCCGGGCGAUGCGUUUACGAGGCAGAUUGUCAAGGAGUUUGAGGAGGCUAUUUAUUCGCAGUUGUAG